AGUCGCUGCUGCCAGAAACAGUCAGCGGCGCUCCGAGGAUGAUUUCCGCUCACACACUGUUGCGCCUCCCCGGAUAAUCCUCCGCAGGUCAAAAUGUCAACUCCAGUUUUCACCCUUUUGUAGACAAGAAGAAGAAGAAGAAGUGACUUAGUUUGAUGUUUGUUCUUCUUCCUUAUUGGGAGAAAUAAUCAAAAAAGCGGUGAAGUGGAAAACGCCUGAGAAGUUGCUCAUCAUUCUCUGAGGUUGCCCUCCUGUGACCUCAGAUCAUGGCCUACACACUGGGCGUGGCACCAGAUGGUCGGACCCGCUCCGUCGGACCGCAGCACUGCGUCACUCGAGUCGAGCUCUCUGUCACUGCGUCCAACCUGCUGGAUCGGGAUGUAGCCUCCAAAUCAGACCCGUUUUGCGUUCUCUUCCACGAAGUGGAUGGAAACUGGGUGGAGCUGGGACGGACUGAGACGGCCGUGAACAACCUGAACCCGGUGUUUGGGGUGAAGUUCCAGGUGGACUAUCACUUCGAAGAGGUCCAGAAGCUUCGCUUCGCCAUGUUUGAUGAAGACAAGUGUGCCACACAGCUUUACGAACACGACUUCCUGGGAGAGUUCAUCUGCACACUGGGAGUGAUUGUGUCCAAUAAGAAACUUCACAGACCGCUGAUAUUAGCCAAUGGGAAGCCAGCUGGCAAAGGUUCUGUCACGAUAACAGCGCAGGAGCUGUCUGACAACAGAAUCAUCACUUUGACCCUGAGUGGGCGUAAACUGGAUAAGAAGGAUUUCUUUGGUAAAUCAGAUCCCUACCUGGAGUUUCACAAACAGGGAGAAGAUGGUAAAUGGAUGCUGGUGCACAGGACAGAGGUGAUAAAGAACACGUUAGACCCGGUGUGGAAACCUUUCACUGUGCCUCUCAUUUCUCUCUGCAAUGGAGAUGUGGAGAGAAACAUUAAGGUGCUGUGUUAUGAUUACGAUAACGAUGGCGGCCAUGACUUCAUCGGAGAGUUUCAGACCACGGUUUCCAAGAUGAGCGAAGCGCAGAACUCAGUGGAGGUGGAGUUUGACUGCAUCAAUCCCAAGAAACAGAAAAAGAAGAAAAACUACAAAAACUCAGGAGUCAUCAUCCUCAAGUCCUGUAAGAUUGCACACGAUUACACCUUUCUGGAUUACAUUCUGGGAGGAUGCCAGCUCAUGUUUACAGUUGGGAUUGACUUCACAGCGUCUAACGGGAACCCCAGAGAGCCGUCGUCCCUCCACUACAUCAACCCGCUGGGCAGCAACGAGUAUCUGUCGGCCAUUUUAGCUGUUGGCCAAAUCAUACAGGAUUACGACACCGACAAAAUGUUUCCUGCGCUGGGAUUCGGAGCUCAACUCCCACCCGACUGGAAGGUCUCGCAUGAAUUUGCCAUCAACUUCAACCCCACUAAUCCCUUUUGUUACGGUGUGGAGGGCAUCGCCGAGGCGUACUCCGCCUGCCUCCCUCACAUCCGCUUCUACGGGCCGACAAACUUUGCUCCGAUCAUCAGCCACGUUGCACGUUUCGCCGCUCAGGCGCUUCAGCAGGAGAAAGCAGCGCAGUACUUCACUCUCCUCAUCAUAACAGAUGGUGUCAUCAGUGACAUGGAUGAGACGCGCGACGCCAUCGUUCAGGCCUCCAAGUUGCCAAUGUCCAUCAUCAUCAUCGGUGUCGGUAACGCCGACUUCGCUGCCAUGGAGUUCUUGGAUGGAGACGCCAGCGUUCUGAGGUCCAACACAGGGGAGGAGGCGGUCCGGGACAUCGUGCAGUUCGUCCCCUUCAGGGAUUUCCGUAAUGCUCCGAAGGAGACGCUUGCCAAGUCUGUCCUGGCUGAGCUCCCUCAGCAGGUCACCCAGUACUUCAAACAGAGAAAUCUACCGCCCAUCAACCCGGCGCCGGAGUGAGACAUCCCCAGGUCCAGAGUCCACUCGCUGUACAUUAGCUUGACAGAUCCUAAAAAAUGUUCUUGUUGCAGGCAAACAGUGCAGAAUGAAAGUGUGUAUGUCAGAAAAAAAAAAUCUAACAUCCAUGCCAUCAUAUUUUAUACUGGUUAAAGACUGUUUAAAGUCAGUUCAACAGAAGUGAUGUUGUUUGUGUCCAAAAAUGGGAGGUAAAAAUGACCUUGACACAACAGGAUGUUUUUUAUUUACUUAUUUUGCAUGUCAGUGUGUCAUGUGACAGGGACCGUGUGAUCCGUGGAUCCCCGUUGUGCUAACCCUAGCAGUUUGAAUCCUCUCCAGGUUUUAUAUGAGGCAGCGGACUCGAUGGAAGCCGUUUGAUUUUGUGCUCAUGUGCAGCAGACUCACAGCCUGAGUCCAAACAGAGAAGAUUCUCCUCAGCCAUGACAAACAGAGGUUUUUCUUUGGAAGUUGAGAUCAACAGCUAUCUGAGCGGUGAGGAUUAAUUCCUGGAAGGGAUGAAACGUGAGCAGAAUGAGGCCACAGUGGCUGCUGUAGCAACGUCACAGAGUAGAUGUGGGAACUCAUUAGGCUGUUUAACAUGGAGACAUUUUCUUUGCUUUUGCACAAUUUCUGUAUUUAUUAUAGUCUGAGUUGAUCCUGCAUGUUGCCACUAUUUCCUUAUUGUUUACAAAAGCUGACGAUCUCAAAUGCAUGUUUUCUUUUAUAUAAAUAUUUAAAGAGAUGAAAAUAUUUAAUGAAAGUUCAGAAAAGUGUUUAGUGACAAAGAAAUAAGAUUUAAUGAGAUUUGAAUGAGCAGAAAGUGCAGGGAAACUUUUGGUGUGAACUUUUCGAAUGUAUAUUUCUAUGAUGCUGUUUCUGAAAUUAUAAACCAACGUUUCUGCCAUGUUAAUGUAAUUUUUAUGCAGUGCUGACUUGUGCAAUUAAACCGCAAUGUGUAUCGCUGU